AUGGCAGCACGCGUAGGCCGCAAGGCUCAGUCGGUCGUGGUCGUGGUCGUGGAGCUCCUCCAUAACAAGUCGGUCGCCCGUGCUGCGCGGUGGAACAACACACUCGCCGCAAAGCAGCUGGAGAAGGCCACAGAGUAUCAGCGCAUGCUCGAAGCCGAGGAGCAGCGUCGCCAGGAGGAGGACAUCGAGGAGGCUCGCAUUCAGGCUGAGAAGCGUGCGGCGGCUAUUGCUACUGCAAACGAGCAGCUGUACUACGAGACGGAUCGCGUCAAGGCCUUCCAUGCCGGCCUCCAUCAGGCUCAUGUCCUCAAGGAGCGCGAGCGCCAAAUCGCCCUCAACAACCGCCGCAAGGCCGCACGUGCUGCGAGGGACCGCGCUUAUGCCGAAAAGGUUCUCUCAGAAGCCGACGAGUAUGCCGAGCGCGAGGAGCGUGAGGCUGAGGAGCGCCGUGCCAAGCAGACCGCGCUCAAGAUGGAGCAGCGGAGGCAGAUGGAGACCCGCGCAUCGCAGAGGGCUGCCGAGAAGACCCGCAACAUGCGCGAGGGCGAGCUGCUGCGCCAGCAGGCCCGCGACCAUGCCCAGGCCGAGGCUGCCAAGGCCCACGCGCGUGCCGAGCGCUCGCGCAAGCUCAAGGAGGAGGCAAUCUCGACAAAUUCGGCGCUGCAGCAGAUCAAGGCCGAGCAGCGGGUCCGCGAGCUGCUGGAAGACGAGCAGAUCCUCAAGUAUGAGCGCGAGCGCGAAGCGAUGCUUGCAGAGCGCAAGGCUAUCGCUGCCGCCCGCAAGGCUGAGAAGGACGCCGCUCGCGAGGCCAUGGCCGCCCGCCAGCUGCAGGACGCUCUUGCCCGCGAGACCCAGGAGGAGGAACGCAUCCACGCUGCAGUCAUGGCCGCCGACGAGCGCAACGCCGUCGAAGAGGCCCGCCGCAAGGCCAAGGCUGCCGCCGCCAAGGCCGAGAUCCGCGAGCAGCAUCGCGCUCAGAUUGCCCGCCGCCGUGCAGACGCCCGCGCAGACGCCAAAAUGUCAUCCAAGCUCCUGGCGUCGGCUGCUCAGGACGCUGCCGACUACGAGGCCGAGCGCGCCGCUGAGCUCAAGGCCAAGCGCGCCGCCGCCCGUGAGCUCGCCUCGUACCACAAGGCCCAGAUGGAGCUUCAGAAGAACCAGAACGCCUGGGACAAGGUCCAGGCCGCAGACUUUGUUGCCCUCGAGGCCGAGCGCGAGGCCGCCGAGGACGCACGUCUCGAGGCCUACAUGCAGGCCGUCAUGUCCGAGGCUGCUGCCGAGGGCGUCCCACUCUACCCCAUCAAGAAGGCUUACCAUGCCGCCAAAGACUUUAACCCGCUCCGCCAUGCGUAG